AUACACAUUCCACUGCAAACGCUAGCCAGCAUAAAAUCCGCUUGUAAGCUACACGCUGGGCACAAACGCCUUAAAACGUGCCUGUCAUGCUUCGCAAAGACGCUUUGUAGUUUUGUGAAGUAUUAUUAUGGCUCUAUGACUUAUUUCGGCCUGCGCUUAGGGCCCGCGACCCUGAACGGAGCAACGACGAUGCUGAGCUGUAGAACCGCGGAGGCCCGCAGCAAGGAGUGCGCGCGGAGAGGGUGGCUGACAAGCACUACUAGCAACGCUAUCCAGUGGACAAAAUGCCAACAAGGACUAGCUCUUGCGGCCGGCAGCGGAGUCUUAGCCCUUCUCACGGGGGUUGUCUUCCGCGCGCGCCGGCGACGCAAAGAGGCACUGUGUGCGAGUUCUUCGCUGCGGGAACGGCGACGCACGAGCCGCGGCGGAAGUGGCGCGCAGUCUGAUCGGGACAACUGCCCGGUGCUCUGGGAGCAAAUCCAGCAGCGCGACUGGUUGUUCGGCCUCCCGCCGCAGAUAGCCGACGCUAUCAUAGCGAGGCUGGAGGUGGCAGACCUUAAAGCACUCCGAGCGACGUGCCGCCAGACCUACCUGCAGGUGGCGGCCCGCACGCGCAAGCUGGUGUUGGCGCUGGACCGGUCGCCCCUCACCUGGCGCCUGGCAUCGCCGCGUCUGGACAGCAUCUACCCCGCACUGAGAGAGCUGCAUCUUAUCCUUGCCGGCAGCAGCGGGGUCGGCGAGGGCAAUGUCGGCAGCAGCGAGGGCAGUGGCAGCCGGGACGGCGCGGCGGAGUGCGGGCCAGCGGCUGACGCGGCAGCGGCGGGGCCGGGCCCUGGGUCCCUGGCGCUGGCGGCGGCGGCGCAAGCAGGUGGCGGCGGGCGGCAGCGCUCCGGCGCGGGGCGGCGGCAAGGGUCACAACAGCAGCAGGCACUGACGGACGUGUCAGCGCCGGGUGCGGCGGCGGGCAUACUGAGCCGCGCGCAGGCAGUGGCGGCCUGGCAGUGGCAGUGGACGGUGGCGGGUCCGGAGCACCUGCGCCGCUUUGUGAGCUGGAGCGCGUGCGGCCACCUGGCGGGUGUGACGCUGCUGGACCUCAGCCGCAUGCCCGCACUGCCCAUCAGCCGCGACACAUGGGCGGCGCUGGUGAGGGCGCUGGGAGCCAGCGGCGGAGGCGGAGGCAGUGGCGCGGCGCAAGGAGCGGGGGCGGGCGCGGCGGCGGGUGGAGGCGGCUGCAGGGCGGCCACAGGGGAGGGCGAGGGCGUCACCCUGCGCGUGCCGUGGCGCUGCUUGCUGGCGCACGGCACGGCCGGCGCGGCCGGCGGCGGCGGCGGCGGUAGUGGCAGUGGCCGCGGCGCGGGAGGGAACGGCGGUGCGGGAGGGACCAAGGGCGCCGCCGCCACGGCAGCCAAGGCUGCAACCAAGGCUGCUGCCGCAGCGGCAAUUAGCUCGCCAGGCAGUCCGCCGCCAGGAGCAGGCGCGGGGCCGGGGCCCGGGGCGGGGCCAGAAUGGGACGCUGCAGCGGCGGCCGCGGCAAUGGCAGCGGCCGGUGGCGGGGCACUGCACCAGCUGCCUCUGCCGCUGCUGCCACCCGCUCUGCCGCCACCGCCGGCGCUGCCCCUGAACCCGCUGCCGCCACCGCCGCGCUGCACCAGCUGCGCCAUCUGCGGCCCCUCGCCGCCCGACGCUGCGCCGGUGGUGGCGGCGCUGCAGGUGCUGGCGCGGCUGCGGCCGGGCGUGUCUGUGGAGCUGGCGGGGCGCGGGCUGCCCAUCCGCAGCCCGGCGCUGCUGCAGCAGCUGUGCGCCGUGAGCCAGCUGGCGUCCGUCAGCCUGGCGGUGUGCGGCGUGCGGCCGCUGGCGCACCACGCCGGCUGGUUCAGCUGCCUGCGGCGUCUGCACACGCUGGAGCUGCAGUACCGUGAGGAGCCGGGCGGCGACGCGGCGCUGCUGCAGAUCCUGCGCGCGCUGCAGCACCCCGUGCCGCUGCAGCGGCUGUCGCUGCACCGCUCGCUGAACCACCUGCUGAGCGAGGCCGACCUGGCGGCGCUGGCGGCACUGCCCAACCUCACCUCCCUGGAUGCACCCGGCAUACGAGUGCACGCGCCCAUCUCCCUGCACCUGGCGGCGGCGGCAGCCGCUGCGGCAGCGGCGGCAGCCGCGGCUGCAGCCGCAGCCGCGGCGGCGGCGGCUAUCGCUGCCGCAGGGCCGGCAGCUGCGCUGCCGCUGCUGCCCGGGUCGGCGGCGCCGCCACCGCUGCCUGGCCUGGCAGCGCUGAUGCCGCCGGUGCCGCUGCCCUCGUUGGUGGCGCUGCCGGCGCAGCCGCUGGCGGGCGUGACGCGUCUGGCGCUGCGCAGUGAGCGGCUGGAGCUGAUGCAGCCGCUGGGGGCGGUGUUUGGGGGGCUGAGGCACCUGGAGCUGGGACACGGCGCGGCGGACCUGCCGCCGCAGCACGUGCUGGCGGCGGCCGCGUUGGGGCCGCUAGGAGGGCCCUGGGAUGCCGCCGCCGCAGGCGGGGAGCAGGUCCCUGCAGGGGCGGAGCCCGCGGGGCUGGAGGCGGCGGGGCAGCCGGCGCCGGCGAACGAGGUCGUGGCGCCGGCAGCGGUGGCAGCCAUGGCGGCCGCGCCAGCUGUGCCUGGGGCGGGGCCGCCGGCGGCUGGCUUCCACUUGCAGCCUCUGGCGGGCGGCGGCCCAGACGGCGGCGGCUACGAGUCCCUGACCCUGCCGCCGGAGCUGACGCUGCACCUGCGGCUGCUGCAGGGUCUGGGGGAGCUGACGGCGCUGUCCAUAGGCGGCCGGCCGGGGCACGGCGUGGAGUCGCUGUCGUCACUCACUUCCCUGACGUCGUUGCUGAUGGUGCGCUGCUCCGAGUUCCGACCGCUGCGCAAGGCGGUGGAGGAGCUGCGCGGCCUGCCCUGCCUGGCCUCGCUGGAGCUGCACGCCUGCCUGGGCGGCGACGCCUGCGGCUACGAGAUCGCGCGCCUACUGCGCCGCCUGCAGAAGCUGCCUGGGCUCACACGCCUGGUGCUCAACGGCUGCGACCCGCGCCUGCCGCAGCAGCUGGCCACGGCGCCGCUGUCGCGGCUGGUGGAGCUGCAGCUACUGGCGCUGCCGGAGCUGACGCCCAUGGAUCUGAGGUAUGUGGUGCAGGCGCAGGCGGCCUGCCGGCGGCUGGUGGUGACCGGCUGCGCGCGGCUGGACAGGGGCUUCGUGGAGGGGCUGCCGCGGGCUGCGGCGCGGCCGGAGCUGGUGGUGGAGUGGGCGCCGUGAGGCACGCGGGGCGGAGGGUGGUUGGUGUGCAGCUUGGUAGGUUGGUUGGUGGGUACGCAGGCAGGCAGGCAGGCAGCAGGGUGUGUGGAGGGCAGGGGUGUAGGGUCCACAUGUAUUGCCUGGAGGGAAGGCCCGCGUGCGGGUGCUUGAGAGGUGCUUGGCGAACGCAUGUGCGAGGGCGAAGGCGUGUGGAAGCGUUGAACGCGUGGGGCGGCUGCAGGCGGCGUGGCAUCAAGGGCGCAUCAAAUGUUGGGUAGUACUGAAAUGCCACCAGGGUGGGAGUUGCUGGAGCAAGUGGGGAUUGCAAGGUAUGAGAGGCUGUGUGAGGCCGUGCGGUGCCAGCAGCCGCCGCUGGGCGAACCCGUAGGGCACCAUAGCCCGCUUUCGACCGCCGUACUUCGGCUGCUCUUUAGGUGCGGUGCAAGAGGGCAGCCUGCAUGAUGUGGGGUGCAGGUCACGCGCUCACGAUCACGGCUGACCCGUGUGUGUGGAUGGGUCUACUUAUGCCUUGGUAUGUUUGUUACACCAGGUUUGCUCCCGGCCAAAGCAGGAUUGCGGUGGCUGGGCAGGCGAGCGCUCGGUACAGCCGCCCUCGGAACAAACACAUGCGUGCAGUGGGGCAUGGGGUAGCGGGGCCGCACGUGUGCGGUGCGGGUACGGCACUUGCGGAGGAGGCGCAAUAAAGGGCCAGGCACGCUGACGUAGGUGCCGCUGAACGAUGUGCAUUGGGGCUGCAGAUAGGGCCUGGGUGUAUGGCGUCGGCCGUCGCGGCGCGCUGCCAGGCUGGUGGGCAUGCGUACAUUGUGUCUGUACUGUAGGCAUCCGUGCAUGCUGUCACUGCGGCAGUCAUAGCAACUGCUCAUCUGUGGGUGAUGCGGGGUUUCAUGCCAUUUCUUAUGCCAGCACGGGGCGCCAGGGCGCGCGCCGCAAGGCGACAUCGCGUGUCUUGGCACCGACUCACGCGGCGGCGGCUGGUCCUCUCCGGCUUAUUAUGUUCCUAGGAACGCAAGUUUCCACUGAUUUGUUUGGAAUUGUGUCGCGCAGUUUGGCUUGCCCGCUAAAUACCUUGGCGCCGUGGGAGAGACGUGGCGCAGGGCGUCGGCUUUUGCGGAGUCGUGUUGGGUGUGUUUCUUUCCCCACAAUACCUUGGGAAAGGACAUUCGAUGGACGCAAUCGGAAAGGAUACUGCUGGCAGUGGCGCUGAAUGCGCUACGGAAGGCGAGGUGGAGUUGGGUCCGUGUGUGUGUGAGUCGGCUGCCGCUGCAUUGGCGGUGGUACGGUGUGAGGGUGAGAGCGAGGCACCGGGAAGGGCAACGAACGAGAGACAACGGCAAGAUAUGAUGGGCUGCAAGUUGAAGGUUGGCCUGAACGCGGUGCCAAGGAUGUGGGCUGUAAGAAGGAUUGCAA